AAGAAGAUUAUUCUAACCUACUAAAGUCAAUGUUGGUUAAUAUCGAUAUACACACUUUUUUAUAUUCCUAUGUAAUUUUAUUCCUCUUAUUAAGAAAUAUAAAAGAUGAAUUCUGUUAGUACUAUUAGUAACAGAUUGAAGAGGUCCAUCUUUAGUCAUAUAAGAAGAUGUAUCUCUGAUGAUAGGAAACAACAAAAUGAUCUUUUUAAUGAUGAACAAUCACGACAAAAGGAAGCCGUUGGGCGAGUAGAAAAAAUUGAAAUUAGUUAUGAAGGCAUCCCUAAAAAUGAAGUACUAGUGAUGAAUAAAAAUAUAUCUACACCCUACGACUGUGCCAAACAUUUGGGUGAUCAGUUGCGUAAUAAGGCAGUUGUUGGCUUAUUAAAUGGCGAGACAUUAUGGCACAUGCACAAACCAUUACCUGAUUCUUGUAGAUUGAACUUUCUUCAUUAUCAUUCACAAAAUCCGACAUUAGUUAAUAAAACAUUUUGGAGGAGUUGUAGUUUUCUCUUGGGUGCAGUAGCGUCACAGGCAUUCAAAGAUAAUGUUAAAGUGUGUCUACAUAGUUUUCCUAGUCCAAAUGUAAAAUCUGGCAGCUUUGUAUAUGAUGUCCAGUUAGAAUUAGAUGAUUGGAAGCCAACAACUGCAGAAUUGAAAGUAUUAUCUAUAGAAAUGAUAAAGUUUUGUCAACAGGAACACCCCUUUGAAUAUUUAGACGUCUCCACUGACCUUGCAUUUGACAUUUUCAAAAAUAAUCCACACAAAUCUCAACAAAUACCCAAUAUAGCAGAACAUAACAGUGGUAAAGUAACAUUAUUUAGAGCUGGUACCCAUAUAGAUAUUUCUAAAGGUCCCAUGAUACCAAAUACCAAUCAAAUAGGUAGAAUAACAGUAGCAAAUGUAAUUAAAUUGAAUACUGAUUUUCCGGGUGGACCUAUUUAUAGAUUUCAAGGUGUUGCAUUACCAAAACCACUUGUUUUAAAUCAUUUUGCUUAUGGUAUACUUGAGGAAAGGGCAAAGUUACUGAAUCAAGCAAGAAUUCCCGGAUCACAAAUCAUUGAUAAUGAAGAUAAUACUUUUGCAGCAAACAUAUCCACAUAGAAUUGAAUGAUUUUUUUUCGGUAUAUCUUCAAUUACAAUUAUUUAUUUCUUAGUGAGUUUAUUAUAAAAAUGUUGAACCUUGAAUAAUUUGAUACAACUCAUUGUACAAUGUCAUAAAAAUGUUGAUCCUGAUAUUUUUUUUAUAUUUAAUGCAUUUACAUUAAAACACACUGUAUGUAAGGUCUCAAAUAAAACAGAUCAAACAUUCA